AUGGGUGAACGACAACAGAUAUACGUUAUCACUCGCGUCCGGUCUGCGGGUUCAGGAUCUACGAAGCACCGCUGUGUAGCAGCAUAUCAUGUACCACAAUGCCAGGGGACAAUUGCGCUAUGCUGUCUACUCCGCUUUCUUGCUGUGGUGAAGCAUGGCAGUAAUAGGGAGGUGAUAGAGUCAGAAAUCAACGCUCUGCAUGAGAAGUACUGCAGCAACGAGGAUCUACCAGCUGUCUGUUGCCCGUUCAUUACUUUCCUGAUGGCUAUGUGCUGGAGCACAAAGUUCACCGUCCCUGGCAACCCAGAUGUUGGGUAUAGCCGAUAUUCUCCGCUCGAUGAGAACGUUGGAAGUGAUGGUGCAGACAAUCAUCAAGAGAUCACUGUAAUUGACCUCACCUCGGUGAGGUCGCCAAUGUAUUGCUUCGUUAACGUUGCAAAGACGGCGUGCAACGAUGAGGACGGAGCAAUCCCACCUUCGCGUGUGCCGCUUUCUGCCCGCCAAUAUUUGUGUGCGUAUGCGGAGGGCGAUCUACAAGGCACCGGAUAUACCACAAAACUCGACAGCGUGAAGUUGAUAAACCUGGAUGCUCUGAUAUCAGUUUGGCCAAAGGAAUACAAGAAAAGACAAACUCCUCAAGAUGUUGUUUCCUCGGGUUCUGAAGCUUUUGACUUCCCGAUCAGCGAGGAAGUCAGAAAGCUCGUCGGGAUGUCUCUGUUACAAUCGGUCGCACCCGAACUAACGACGAAACGAAAGGCACCAAUUCCAACCAUAACAAUCACGCAGGACACCCACGACACCCACGACAUUGAACAAAUGAACGAACUUUGGCAGGAUGGAAAAACCUUUCAGGUUUACGCUGCCCUGCAGGAAUUAUUGCCGUUUCCUCGCAACGGAAUGACAUUACUGCACAGUGUUGUUGAAGAGAAGUUGAGUGACAAGAAUGGCGUGCUAUCACUUGCGGAGGUAGCUGUACGAGACGAUCAGGUUGAAGAAAUCUUGAAUGUCCACGGGAACAAGAUCAGAAGACUCGAUCUUUCCCAUAAUUCCUACCUCACGGUGCAGAUCGUACCCAAGAUCUUGCAGCUGGCUCCGCACUUGAAAACAUUGAUAAUUCUAGGUUGCCCUUUGAUAGCAAAUGAGGACGUUUAUCAGCUUCUGCGGGACAACGGGAAUCUUUGUCACUCACUCGAAGCUUUAUUGCAUCACUCUCUUUUGCAGCCUCUGGAGCUUGCGCGUGAAAACGCACCCUACCCCAUCGCCUUCUCCUACAUACGAGCCGCAGGCACGCAUAGCCAUCCGGUUGCAUGCACCUUACCCCUGUUCCAGCCGUCCGUCAUCAUUCGUGCUAUCCUAGAUCUCGUGCUAUCCACUCCCGACGAUCCCACAUGGCAACCCGAUGUGGUUCUGGAACACGCAUCCGCCAUCACACCUGCAACUUUGUUCUCUGGGUUCCGCAAAGCACAUAGCGAGAACAAAGAGGUCACGUGUAUUCCGCAAUAUUCACUGCGAGGUCUCCAAGGAGAAGGCUGGGUGUUUGCGUUGUAUACGCCACCGAGAGUCAGCUCCGGGGAUGAAGUGGAAAGAGAUCGACGCCAUACGUAUGCUUUUGUACGUUUCAAACCUCCCAAGAAAGCCGGCGCGGGGGAAAUGAGUAGUCCUGGUGUUAACGUCAAUGCAGAAAGCGCUGAGAUCCACACAUUUCGGUCAUGGCUUGACCAGCUUGAAUUAGAGGACCAACCUGCUGCGCCUGCUGAGCUGGUGCAAGAACUUGACCACCGUUUUUUGGACCUUCAACUGGACAUCGAUAACGGGCUGAAACCAAUGCUGGAGGAUGAUCUUCUUGCUUUUGUGGAGAGCAUACGGGCAAAUUCCAGGGCAACGAUGUGCAGCUUAUUAUGA